AUUGACAAAAAUUAUCUCCCGCGCAAUCAUUCAUUCACAAUCCCUUUUUUUCAAUCGCACUUCCGGCCUUAAUUGUUUUUGACAUCAUCGGUUGAGCGCGUGCAAAUUUCAAAGGUUUUUGAGGGUAAUUUUGAAGCUAAAUAUCCUAUCAGAAUCUCAUAAGAAUCGUACAUUUUGAAUGUUCUGCCAGAUCUAUCCACACAACGAUAGGGAGUCUUCACAAUGAUAGACUUAUUUAUGCCCUUUCGGGCUUUCUUGAAAUUCGAAAAUGUGUGUACGGACAACAAUGUUUUCCGUAUGCAUUAUAAAGUGACGGUGAUAAUGUUGCUGGUUUUUACGCUCAUGGUGACGUCGAAACAGUUCUUUGGGGAGCCAAUUCACUGCAUGAACGAUGGGGAGAAGGAUCUUGACAAGGAUGCCAUCAAUAGUUAUUGUUGGAUCUAUGGAACUUACACGCUGAAAAGUCGCCUUUUUGGUGAUGAGGGCAAGCACAAUGCUUAUGCUGGAGUGGGACCGUUUAUAAAAGAUGAUGAUGAACAGAUCAAGCAUACUUACUACCAGUGGGUAUGCUUUGUGCUGCUCGGCCAGGCUGUCAUGUUCUACACUCCUCGCUAUUUAUGGAAGAUUUGGGAAGGAGGAAGGCUGAAGGCUCUGGCUUCUGAUCUUGCUAGUCCACUUAUAACAAAAGACUGGUCAGAGUAUCGACGCGGCGAGUUGGUGUCAUACCUGAGCUACACCAAUAUCUACACGCACAACAUCUACGCAAUGCGCUACGCCAUGUGCGAGAUCCUCAACCUUAUCAAUGUGGUUGGCCAAAUAUUCCUGUUGGACCUAUUCCUAGGCGGCGCAUUUCGCAAUUAUGGUGCAGCUGUAGCUGCCUUCGUUCACACCCCACGUAUGCCUGCUGGAGACAUGAGCUUCUCAUCCGUCAAUCCUAUGGACAAGUAUUUCCCCAAGCUCACCAAAUGCUGGUUCCGUAACUAUGGUCCCUCUGGUACUAUUCAGUUUAAAGAUCGACUUUGUGUGUUACCGUUGAAUAUUGUUAAUGAGAAGAUAUUUGUCAUCCUUUGGUUUUGGCUUAUAUUCCUAGCUUUUGUUUCGAGUAUGGCUGUACUAUUCCGCAUACUAGUAUUCUCCCUCCAACCGCUGCGUACAAUCAUGAUCAUGGGCCAACUGAGACUCGUAAAACGCAGCUUAGUCUCAAGAAUUGUGAAGCAGUUCGGUUUUGGUGAUUGGUUCAUUCUGUACUUGCUGGGCAAGAACAUGAACCCUCUUAUUUAUAAAGAGCUUGUCUUAGAGCUUUCAAAAGAGUUAGAACCUAAGACUGUUGUUGUUUAACUCAUUGUUAUUUUUUUUUGUUUUAACAACUCUUAUUCCUAAUUGUCUGAUUUUAAAAAAAUGGUCAAUAAUUUUAAUAAUACAGGGUAUUGUUUUGAUUUAAGCGUAACUAAGAGACUGAUUAAUGUUAUUCCACAAUUUUUAAGAGAAAAUAUAACUUCUAUUAACUAAUCAGUAAGCUUACUGUAAGAGAUGAUUCUAGAAAUUCUAAAUUAGAAAAAUAAAAACUUAAUUUUAAUUACCCCAGACUUGAUUCUAAAGUGGUAUUUAUUAUCUUCUGGUAAUUAUAUGCAGUCAUGAUUUUACUGAAUUGAAAGUUCCAAGUAUAAUAUAUAUCAAUAAAUUAACUCAACCUCGUAACUGUUACAAAAGUAACCCUUUCCCUUACAUAUAAGGUAGCAGGUGUUUAUAAAAAUUAAUAAGUGUCUAUUGAAAUAUGUAAAAAAAUCAACAAUACCUCUGGUAUGUCUCAUUUGUAUAAGUUAGUUUUUUUAUGCACAUUUUGCAUUUUAUCAGUGCAUAAAGUUGUAACUAUUGUGUGAUCUCUGAAUAAACUUAAAAGUAUAAUCGCAUUUUACUUUUAACCAUUACCCUACAUACAAGUAUAUCGUUUUGCAGUCCUGAUGUGUCAUAACUUGGAUGGGCUUUUACAUUAUUGAAAUAU